AUGUUCUUUAGGUACUACGUCUCGGAUUUUGGUCGGACAUGGGGCUUUCUGAACGACUAUCUCGACUCGCCCAAUGCCCCUGCCCAUAUCACAUUCGGUAUCGAGGCAGUCAGCCUGGCGUUCCUAUCCCAUCAGGUCUCAUCACAGACGGCACGGAAUCUCGGACGUAGAAAGUACUGCGAGGUACUCCGCAGCAUCAACGCAUUGCUUCAGACACCCGGCGCAGCACAGGCGAAGUCCACGUUCGAAGGCGCACUCCUCCUCGACCUCUUCGAGAAACUCUCCAAAUCCGCGUCCGCCAUCGGAGACGACAAGCACACACACGUCGCGGGCGCCUUCGCGCUCGUCAAGCUCCGGGGUGUGGAAUCCUUCACAACACAAGAAAUAGCAGCAGUGACGGGCUUAUCUUUAAACGGCACACUCACCGCACUCAGCACAGGCAGAGCAACAGACAUAAUCAUCCGCCAGAUACGCCACCACGCUACCCAAUUCCUCGAUACCUCCGACCCCAAAUGGAAACUCACCGGCCUCAUCCUCGAAGCCACAGGCCUAGCCGCCUCAGUACUACACGGCACUAUAACCUCCGCCGAAAAAAUAUCCAGAAACAACUAUUUAGACACCGAACUCACCGCCAUCGCCGACUCCGCCUCUCCCUUUUGGACCUACAUCUCUCACCCCUUCCCCAACGCCGACCCCAACUUACACCAUCUAUCCCUCACGCACCGUAGCCCAAAUGUAGAACAUCCUCCGCCUAACCCGGAUCCUCCUCUGUGA